AGCAUGUGAGGAGAGGAGGAGGAUGCGGCUGCCAUGGUAACGAGGGCUGUGUAUGGAGGACAGCAGCCAGUCGCAGGCAGCCACAGAAAGAUCUAUCCUUUUCUCCUCAUUCCACUUCCACUUUUCCGAUAUAGAAUACGAUCUCCAGACCAGGCGUUUGAUCGCGCUUCUGUCCCUCCUGCCCGACGCUUCAAACGCUUCACCUCAGAACACUCGCAUCAGACGCAGGAAAAGCGCACGCUUCCAGGAUGGCAACCAUCACCUGCACGCGCUUCACAGAGGAAUACCAGCUGUUUGAGGAACUGGGAAAGGGAGCCUUUUCUGUGGUGCGGAGAUGUGUGAAAGUUCUCUCAGGGCAAGAGUAUGCUGCAAAGAUCAUCAACACAAAGAAGCUGUCUACUCGGGAUCACCAGAAGCUGGACAGGGAGGCUAGGAUCUGCAGACUGCUGAAACACCCCAAUAUUGUGCGGCUGCAUGACAGCAUCUCAGAGGAAGGUCACCAUUACCUCAUCUUUGACUUAGUAACGGGUGGUGAGCUGUUUGAAGACAUUGUUGCCAGGGAAUAUUACAGUGAAGCAGAUGCCAGCCAUUGCAUCCAGCAGAUUUUGGAAGCAGUACUUCAUUGCCAUCAGAUGGGCGUCGUGCACAGAGACUUAAAGCCAGAGAACCUGCUUCUGGCUUCCAAAUCCAAAGGUGCAGCUGUGAAGUUAGCAGAUUUCGGCCUUGCCAUUGAGGUUGAAGGGGACCAACAGGCUUGGUUUGGGUUUGCCGGCACUCCUGGUUACCUGUCCCCUGAAGUCUUACGGAAGGACCCAUAUGGAAAAGCUGUUGACCUGUGGGCAUGUGGAGUGAUUCUCUACAUCCUGCUGGUUGGAUACCCACCCUUUUGGGAUGAAGACCAACAUAGACUCUAUCAGCAAAUUAAAGCUGGCGCCUAUGAUUUUCCUUCACCUGAGUGGGACACAGUCACCCCUGAGGCGAAAGAUCUUAUUAAUAAGAUGCUGACCAUCAACCCAUCUAAACGCAUCACUGCUGCGGAGGCACUCAAGCACCCAUGGAUCUCACAUCGCUCCACUGUUGCAUCUUGCAUGCACAGACAGGAGACUGUUGAAUGCUUGAAGAAGUUCAACGCUAGAAGAAAGCUUAAGGGUGCAAUUCUUACUACUAUGUUGGCCACCAGAAACUUCUCAGGAGGAAAGAGUGGGGUCAGCAAGAAGACAGAUGGUGUGAAGAAAAGGAAGUCCAGUUCCAGCACCCAGCUGAUGGAAUCGUCAGAGAGUACCAACACCACAAUUGAGGAUGAGGAUACUAGAGUGAGGAAGCAAGAAAUCAUCAAAGUAACUGAGCAGCUCAUUGAAGCCAUCAGCAAUGGAGAUUUUGAGAAUUACACGAAGAUGUGUGAUCCCAGCGUUACAGCAUUUGAGCCUGAGGCCCUGGGAAACCUGGUGGAGGGGCUGGAUUUCCAUCGCUUCUACUUUGAAAACUUAUGGUCAAAGAACAGCAAGCCGGUUCACACCACAAUCCUGAACCCUCAUAUCCACCUGAUCGGCGAGGAGGCUGCCUGCAUCGCCUACAUUCGUAUCACGCAGUAUCUGGACACAAACGGAAUGCCAUGCACUGCCCAGUCAGAGGAGACACGAAUCUGGCACCGUAAAGAUGGCAAGUGGCAGAUAGUCCACUUCCAUCGCUCAGGCUCUCCGUCUGCUAUCACUAAAUAAGAGAGUCAGCUGAAAAUACCAGAGUUGCAGGAUCACUGGCUUGAGGAUGUACAAGCUCCCAGCUUCUCAUCUCAUUCCUUGAACUUCAUUGGCCCUCUGCUUUACGGUGUCAUCACAUUCACGUUAGCAUUUAUUCUCAUUGCUCAGAACACUUCUUUAUGGAUACAGUAUGAUGAAGCCACUUUGCUGUUGCAACCCUGCUGUGUGGUAUCAAUGUUUUUUUUUUAGUAUCUUGGUUAUGUUUACAAAAUUAGCCACCAUGUUUUCGACCAUAAGUGCUACGUUUGCAGAUAUUUGACACAAAUGAGAGAUUUGGGACAACUACUACAUUCCAAACGAGAUCCUGUUUCCUGCAUUUUAUAAAAAACGAAUACCUAGAUUUUUUUUUUCUCUCUCCUACGCCUGUAAUAAACUCGAAUGUAAUAUGAUUGAAAUGGAUCUCUUGAUAUUUUAAUGUCUACCAUUAAACAGAAAUACUUUAGUACAUGUUUAUAUAUUUGAAAUAAAGUAGAACUGCUAGGUAAGAAUAUAGUAAUGACAUUUCCUGUGAGAGAUAUCAACACAGCUUGUCCUCCACUGCCCGAUUUCCAGACAAUCGCCGUUGAACGUUUUCUACCGAGUUUAGUGAAGCACAAUAAACAACAGUGAAUUUCAGUAUACGUUUAGCCCUUAAAAUCAAAGCUGCAUCGAUGGCACAAAAAAACUCACACACAAUCUAAUAAACCCACAUGAUCCGCACUGCAAGAACAGAUGGAUCAAGGGGGCUGAGCAACCCACUCAACGAACUGUUGCUUAAAGUUAAAGCCGGUGCUGACGGUGGCAUUAUCAAAAGCUGCAGUGGAAGAGUAAACGCAUGCGAGAGCUGUUUUUUUUUUUUUUUUUUCCUGCCGUACAGGGUUUUCAGAUCCGGGUCUGGUGUGGUGUGCUCAGAGCACUUUGAUAAAGUUCUUCCAGUAGGGCUGGUGUAUUUGUUCUUCCUUUUGUAUUUAGGAUUCAGGGAUUUUUUCUUUUUAUUACAAAAGGAAGUCUCUUGAAAAAGCUCUUAAGGGUUGUGUUUGAUGUCCGGGCUUAACUUCUAUUCAAAUUCAAUGGACGCGUGUUGCUGGAGAGAGAGAGAGCUUUCAAUAAUCAGUGUUGAGGUGUUUAUCUACUGAUGUCUUUUUAAAAUGCUCUAUUUGCUUGACGGUCAGCAAAUGUACAUUUAUUAACACGAACAAUCAAAAGUUAUUCAAACGAGAAAGUGGACAUUGCUAAAAGACCUAGCAUUUUAACUUGUUGAUAUUGUAUUCAAACUAUUGCUGGUGAAUAUGUUAUCUGCAGAGUAACUGCUAUUCAGAUCGAUCUCUGUCUUAUCUAAACAUUUGUAAUGUAAUGUUUUUUGCAUCUUAUAUGCACAGAUUAAUAACGUGUGUUCAGAUUUACUAAACCGGUUACAUUUUUAUUAGUACUACUGUAUGAGCUUAGUCAGAUUUGUCAAAUAUUGCUUCUUGAUUCUUAGUAUUUAUUUUGUAAAGCAAGAAUGUUAACGUGAUGAUUGUAUGCACGAUUUUUUGUUGUUUGAUUCAUUUUAUCAAACAUUUUGCCAUGGCUGUAUAAAAGCUGCUGUUCAUCCGAUUGAAUCGUGUGAAACACUGCCAUCAACAGACAACCAACUAUAAUCCAUAGUAUUCUUUUUCUGGUUGUAUCUAAACACUUUCAGGCUACUUGUAUCACAUUUGACACAAUUACUCAAUUGUCAUUACAGAACCAAAGUUUUCCUCUUCUUUUUUCUCAUCAUUUAACUCCUUAGAAAGACAUUUAGAAUUAAAAGAAAUAAAAUGCAUGGAAACCUUUUCUAUGUCUUCUAGUAACGUGGUUCAUUGUAAACGGCUACUGAAAGAGAGUUGCUUUGUGGCCUCCUUGAUGUUUUUGUCUUCUUUAUCGUUUCAGCAGUUUAUGAAAGGCCUAACAGCAUCUUUUGAUAGUUUUUGACGUAUAUACUGUGUUUUGUUGAGGCAUGCUGUUUUUGUUGUAUAAAGUGGGUGGGUAUGAUAUUGUUUUUCGAGUAAAAUGUACUUUUUGCAGUUUGGCUCUAAUGCAACCGGGCUUAUAAAUAAAAGUGCUUUACAAAG